UCAACUGGAAAAAGUUUGUUUACAUUUAUUUUAUGCCGAUGCCGGUAUUUUUUCAUUCGUUUCUCAAAUUUUUAACGCAUUACUAGCUUAUUUAGACUUAUGGCAAUUUGUAUUAGUAAGAAAACACUCGCAAGUCAUGCCAAGAAUGUGCAGUUGGGAAGAAUUGAGUGAGCAAGCGUACCUUCUGAACCAUGCCAGCAGUGUGGAAAAUGUUUACAGCAGCAGUUUUCUGGAUAAAAACGUACAGAAAGCAUGUUUGAACAGAGUUCUUUUCGAUAUAAAUGUGCCUUACGAUAAGAGAGACGACAAGGGAGAAAAUGCCAAGAAAAGGAAACGGAUUAAAACGACAGGACCGUUCGACGAGACCACUCAAAAGGUGUUUGAAAACCAUUCUUCCAUCCAACACAAACUACCAACCAGAGCGCACCAAAGCGCCACAAACAACAAAGAAGCGCUCGAAUUUGUUGACCACUUUAACACCUCCUCGCAGUACGAUGCCGAUCGACGGUUUCGCGGACAAAACAGUACGAACCGUACCAUCAUCACGGAAAUGGACGGUGAAAGUUUUCUCAUACCCCCACGGGUAGCGUUCAUCAACUCUUCCAUCGACCGGUUCGAAGAAUAUAUCGGCCGGGAUGAAAAGUUUGACCUGAUCGUGCUCGAUCCACCGUGGUGGAACAAAUACAUCAGGCGCGUGAAAGCCGUCAACGCCAAAGCGAGCUACCGGAUGCUGACGAAUGCGGACAUAAAAGCGAUUCCGCUCGAACGCCAUCGGCACGAAAAUACGCUCGUGGUGGUGUGGUGCACGAACGCACCGUCUCAUAUCGAUGCGGUGGUGAAGGAUUUUUUCCCCAAGUGGGGUGUCGAGCUGGUCGCUUGCUGGUACUGGGUCAAGAUUACGGGCAGCAGCGGUCAGCCGGUGUGCAAAUUUAACGAACCGACGCAAAAACAACCAUACGAGCGGAUCUUUAUCGGCUUACCGAAGGGUUCGCCGAUGGCCCGAACAUUCCCAAGCGAACGGUUCCUGUACUCGGUACCGUGUGCAAUACAUUCGCACAAACCACCACUGUACGAUUUAUUCACAUCGAAAUUUGUACCGCCCGGAGCCACCUGUCUAGAACUAUUCGCACGCAGCCUCUACCCCGGCUGCACCUCGUAUGGAAUGGAAGUGUUAAAACUGCAAAACAAACGCCUGUACGAACUGGCCAUGGAAGAAGGCGGCGCGUUGCAUUUGAAUAAAUACGAUAAAACCUGUCAAUAA